GAGAUUCGUAUUAUUUCCUCUUUGAGUUUUUCUUUCUUUCUUUAUUUAUUAAUUUGUAUUUGGAAUAAUUUAUUUAUUUAUUUGUUUACGUUUGGGUUCUACAUCUCAAUGUGAAUAAGAUGGAACCUAUUAAAAUUCUGAAAGAUAUUAUGGUUGAUCUUAAAUUUGUGAUUCCACCUAGUAACAAAAAGUGCAUGUUAACAAUUCACUUAAAAAAAGACAAAUUAUUGUUGGAUGUUGUUAGAGAGUUUAUAGAUGAUAAUAAUAUUCCUUGUUAUUUGGAAAAUUCAUUACUUUCUGUCGUCGAACAUCUUAUACAAGAAAGUUUACGUAUAGACACUGAAAGGGAUAAUAAAAUUAAAAGUGAAUCAGAUGCAAUCAAUAUUCGAAAAAAUCUUGUAUCAAAAUACAAAAAACACACCGUUAGAUACAAUGAUGCACCUGCGGAGGAUAUUUUUCCAAAAGCAUAUCAUAACCUAGUUCAUUCUCCCGUACCUUCAAUCUUUGAUACCCUUUUACAAUUGGAACAAGGAUAUAAACAAGCAAUCAAGGAUAUUGUUUCAGCUAGCGAUAGCGAAUUGGAAUGUAUUCAGAGCAGACACCAUAAAGAAAUAGAAACGGAAUCCGGUUGUAAUAACGGUAUAAACAACUUGAUCGAGAAAUAUCGCGAGGAUGUAGAAUAUAAUCAGGCUGCUUUAGCAAGUGAACUUGAGGAAAUUAAGCGACAACAAAAAAGUGAAUAUUGUGAUCUUGUAGUUAAACUAUAUGAAGCACAUCAACGAUCGCUAUCGGUACACCAAUCAGCAACGGAUCUAAAUAUGAGAUUAGAUGGCAAAGAGAUAGUUUCUGAAGUAAUUUCUUCUUUAAAAAAAAGUAAAUAUGAAUUAUCUAAAGAAGUGUUGAAACUUGAUCAAGGACAUGAUACACGAAGUCGUCACGGCAGUAUCAGUUCAUUAUCAGAGAUUAUCUCAUCUCCUGUAAUGACUGCACCACCUUCUCCUAUGUUUUCACCUGUUUUAUCGUCAUUUAGCGGCAAUGGAGAAGAUAACUACUUUAAUGGAUUUAAUCAUGACCAGGCUAGAAUGGCUUUAGAAAUGGCUAAUGGGAAUAAGGAACAAGCUGUUAAUUUGCUAUGUGAGCAAUUGGAUAAAAUUGACGCGCAAAUAGCGAAUAAUUUAAUUUUACCUCCUAGACGCGCAUCCAUGCUAUUUGCUAGUUCUCCUCUAAAAGAGCCAUCAAACGGGAAACAAAAAUCAAAACCUCCGCGUAGACCUAAAUUAACAGUAUUAACUAAACAAGAAAAGAAGAAUUCCUGGUCUCCAAUGUCAUUAUUUAACCCGAAACAACAAAUGAUACCUACACCAAGCACACCAGUUAAAAGAUUUGGUUGGUUAAGUAGAAAAGUGAUGGAUGAUGUGAACGGGCAUAUACCAAACUUGAAUCUGGCUGAUAAUCCACAAAUGAUGGAGAGUUUUACAAUUUCACUUGGGAAUCAAGUGAAAUCAACUCAUAAUCUUAAACUUUCAUUGUCAGAUACGGACGAUUUACUUAAAUCAUCCAAUGAUACUGCAAGAGAUAUGGCAUAUAAAGCUCAAACUGCAGCAAAUUUAUAUUCUCAAAAAUUGACGGCAAUUGUUUUACUCUUAACACCAAAAGACUGGCCUAAAUAUAAAUUAGGCAAAAGUGCUAACAGAGCAUUUUUUGCAAGAUGUAAAGAAUCGACUGAAUUUCAUUUUAAAGACGUUGAAUCACAACUAGAAGCCAUUGAAAAAGAUUUUGAUAAAUCCGAAAUACAGGAGGGUGAUUUUUUUAUUACAAAGCAUUCAAACUUGCCUCUUAUACAUGUCGUAUUUCAUUUAGUGAUUGAGUUUGAAUCAAUUACAAGUUCAGAGCUCACACAAAGAUCUCACGUAAUGGAAGGAUUAAGAAAUAUAUUAAGAACAAUUGACAGAUUUGAUAUCGCUAGCAUAUCAUUACCACUUUUAUUGAUUCCAUCCAAUAUUGAUCCAUUUACAAAUGUAAUACUGGAUGAGAAUAUUCUUUAUAAAAGAGGUGAAUUGGUACUGAAAUGUAUUAAAGGGUUUAUGAUGCAAAAUUCCGGAAUGCCAAAUAAUGAUGGUGAAAAAGAAGAAGCAGCUAAAACUGUUUCGUUUCUGUUAAGUAAAAAUGCUACUGAAAAACAAUUUCAUAAUUUUAGAAAUUUAUUAACUAGAAUUUUUAAAACCAGUUAAAAAUGUAUUACUAUAAUAGUUGUAGUUUUAGUUGUAAUCUCUCUUUCUUUUUAGACCUUUACAGUUUAUAAUUAAUAUAAUAAAUUUAUUAAAUUAUUUAUAAUUUUAGAAAA